GAGAGAGUGGUGGUGGUGAAUUUUGAGAUAGUUAAUGAAUCCAUCUUUUGAGUACAUAUUGCUUACUUAGUACUCAUACAACCAGCAAGAAAAAGAUUGAAUUUUGAAUUGGUGAGUCAAAGUAAUAAACAACAAAAAAACAAUAAGGAAUUUUGGGUCCCUCCCUCUUUUUCAAUUUGACAGAGACUAGAGGGAUAGUUAUUGGCUUUUGGGUUUGAGGGUUGGAAGUUGGGAGACAUGCCCAGAUCUAUCCCAACAACAACAACAACAUCACUUAUCAUCCUUGUAUCCCCUCUCACUUUACCAAUUCCCAGAAGACUCUUCAGCGGCCACCAAAACAGGUGAAACACACUGAAAAUACGGAUGCAGAACAUUCAAGGGAAUGACUCCCACCAAUUUUCUAGCCACCCAGCAUCCCCUUCCGUUGUUAAUAGUUGUUCGCGAUCUUGGUGGAAUUCGUCUGUGUCACAAAUUCCACCAUCUUCUAUGUCCAGGAGUACAAGUUUGAAUGUUGACACUCCACCUCAACACUGUCAAAAUGCAAAUCAAUUAGGUUCCCAACAGAAAGAUCAGGAUUCUUCCUCCAGUCAGUCGACUAUUCAGUCUCAUCAUGAAAUGGCAACUAUAGCAGGACACGCUGAAAAUAAUGGAAGACAAGAGGAAGCUCAAGCUAAAUCCUUUGCAACUCAGGCAACUCCCUAUUUCAGCUUACCUCCUUCACAGAUCGAUUUUAAUCAAUCUACGACUCACCUUCCUUACCCUUAUGCUGAUCCUUACUAUGGUGCAAUGGUGGCUGCUUAUGGAGCACAGCCUGUUAUGCUUCCAGAUAUGGUUGGUAAUCCUACACGAGUCCCGCUGCCUGUUGAGGUUGCGGAAGCAGGACCCAUCUUUGUGAAUGCUAAACAAUACCAUGCAAUCCUCAGACGCAGACAGACCCGUGCCAAACUUGAGGCUCAAAACAGACUUGUUAAACCUCGAAAGCCAUAUCUUCACGAAUCUCGGCAUCUCCACGCAGUAAAGAGAGUGAGAGGAUCUGGUGGACGUUUUCUAAAGCAGCAAACUGAUGCUUCUUCCCCUCCCAAUGUUGAGAAUACAUCGGAGUUGGCUUCCCAACAAACAAGGGGAAAUCUAUUAGAAUCUGAAAUUCGUCAGUCAGAACCCGCCAAUCCAGUUGCUCCUACCACGUUGUAUUCUGACACAACUUGUGUAUCCUACAGUGAGGCACCCGAUCAUAGGUUGUUUUCAGGGUACAAUCAUCUCCAACGUCUUGGUUCCACCUCCUCACAAGAUAGUGGCAGUGGAGAUGGCAUGUCGUAUAAUGGGUACCAGCAGUUUGGCAUCCCCGUAACCCGAUGAGGAAUGAGAAUCACACACUGCUAUGUCAGAAAUUUUGGCUUCCGCUGCAUAUUUGAUGAUGAGUCAUGAUCAAGUACAACUAUUCUCCAUAUGAUUAUAUGCAUCUCGGCUGUCCCGUUAUGAAGACUUGUAGUGUGUUAAAUUCCCCAUUGGCAAUUCAUCCUUGGCUUUGUAUCUUUAGUUCUGUUUCUUCUAUAUCUUACGCUGGUAAUCUGAAAGAACCAUGAAUCGGUAAGUUGGCAAGUUCGGUGUGAUUUUGAGGAAGGUUAAAAUUUCAGGCAAGUAAUUCAUAUACCGUGAUUCAUAAUUUUUACCA